AUGUCAAUGCCAGAUCCUUAUCAGUCGUUCGACUUCUGGGACUCCUUGAAGAAGCAACGGCUUGUGGAGCUGCAAUACGACGAGCUCCUGGCCGGCUCGCCCGCGCACCGCGCAGAUCUACUGGCACGACUUCAUACGGAAUACAAGACCAUUCUACACAUUGCUUCAGAUAUUAUGAGCUCGCGCAAUGCCUGCGCACCCGUAUCCGCUCUCCCGGCCGAGAUACUCCAUCAUACAUUCACCUUUGCCGCCGAAAAUGCGUAUCCGAGAUGGAGGUUGCGCGGCGGUUACGAUCGUGAACUUGUUACAGCUCAAGGAGACGUUGGAUGGAUUGCGGUAGCUCGUGUCUGCAGACGCUGGCGACACGUUUGUUAUACUACACCGCGAUAUAGCCAAUAUACUCGCCUUUUGACGAAGACCCAGUCAUUUGCAGUCACGGGGCUGGGCGACCGCGAGUUGAAGCUGUUGCGAGCAGUGCCUAUACCAUCUGCUGUGUCAUGGCUCAGGACGUUACGUCUAGAAGGCCUAUCUGGUCUGAAGCUAUCCGAAACUCUCGGUCUGCUUUCUCAGACACCGCUGCUCGAAGACCUCUCUAUCUUGGAAUGCAAGUGGGUCGACCACACACUGGACGAGCCGGGCUCCGUCCGGAUCAACCUCUCAAGGCUGAGAGGCUUGACGAUGGAUCACCUCUAUGUUCCGACCAGAUCCGACGCUGCAGGCGCUGGCAAGCUUUUCAGGCUCUUUCUCAACUGCCUACUCUACCCGCACGAUACCGCACGACGGUUCCGUCCAACAUUCAGUGGGACUCCGGAUGCGGCGCAGCAGGAUAUGAUUAUGAUGCAAAGUCUUGUCAGGCGCAUCGUGCAAGACAUUCAGCUGCACGGCUCGCUAGUCUGCGCCUGUCUUGACCCAGACUAUGAUGACGACGAAGGGCGAGAUGAUAUCAUGUGGUUCAGGCCAGAUAUGGUGUCCUUCGAAGAUCUGAUAUCUCACUAUUAUUACCGUCUGCAAGUCAAACGCAGAGUCUGGCCCAUGUCCAUUGUCACUGGCGCACUUCCUACCAGGUCUAUCCUCGCCGAUAGCGAAAUCGUCGACCAGCUACGCGAUGUCACCAUGCUUUCCCUCCCGUUCGAUUCUCUCACCUGCCUGACCCACCCGUCGGUUGGCAUAACGCAUGCUGUUCUGUUCGAUGUUUUCUCCCAGAUCCGGGUAUUGCAAACAUCAGUCCAACACGAGUUGAAUGGCUUCUCCUGGACCUUUCUCUCCCAGGUGCUCGACCCGUCGACGAGGGAUGGAUUUCCCCUUCCACUCCUUGAGGAACUCUGGCUCUGCCCAAUCAUACAGCGGGAGAAUGUGAUGAAUCACAUCUUAUCUCGUAUGAGACAACGGGUCUCCCAUCCCGAAAACAGGUUGCAUACCCUUCGGCUACACCUGAAACGGCCGCCAUCGGAGGACGAGGAGGGUCAUCGGCAAGCCGUCGAACUCGAGGCCCUCGUGCAUGUCAUCUGGAGCAAGAGCACUUAUUGUAGCAUAGACUCAGACAGCGAGUAG